AUGGCCACGUCCGCUGAUCGCUCGGCCGCAUUGCGAACUCGCAGCAAGCGUGGUGACAAGGUAGGUGUAGGUGAUGGAAUGGGCCAGUCGGAUACAAAAAAAGCGUUAGGGGUGUAG